AGCGGUCGUUGCAAAACUUUUCGUAUAGACUAUACGAGGAUCUUGUUGAUUAUAACGCCUCAAUCAUCGACUUUUUGGACUAAGCUAUCACCGGAUCGAAAUGGCAUCCACACAAUUGCAACAGUCCCCAACUGGAAACAAGAUGUCAAUGGUUCCGGCCGGCGGCCCACCAAUGGGCACCGUCCCCAUGCCGACUGUCGCCGUGGAGGGGCCGCCACCGGCGGAGCCGAUCUAUGGCACAAUGAUUCCGAAUCGUGUAUUUGUGGGCGGCAUCAGUCGCGACACAACUGAAACGGAUCUGAUGGUUGCGUUCAGUGCCUAUGGCACGGUGCGUAGCACCAAGAUCAUCGUCGACCAGGAUGGCUUCAACAAGGGCUAUGGCUUCGUGACAUUCGAGACCGAGGAGGAGGCCCAGCGCCUCCAGAGCAUUGGCAAGUGUGUCAUCUUGCGCAAUCGUCGCCUGAACAUUGCGCCCGCAUUCAAGAAGCACCAGAUCCGUCCCAAAUUCCAGCCGGUCAUCGAGCCCAACGGCACUGUCUACUUCACCACUCAGCCGGCGCCGCAUCACCAUCAGCAGCAUCAGCAGCAUCAACAGCAUCAUCAGCAGCCGUCGAUGAACCCAAUUCCGAUCGAUCAGUAUGCCGCGGCCGGCUAUGGCCCGGCCGGACCGAUCACCGACUAUACGGGCGCCCCAAUGCCGACCCUCUAUCAGCAGGCACCGGGCGGUGUGCAGUACCAGCCGAUCUAUCAAUACUAUAGUGUGCCGGUCAAUGUGCCGGCCGUCUGGCCCCAGAACUAUUACCAGGAACCGCAACCAUCCAAUUCACAAACAUCGAUACAACAGCAGACAUCCUGGGAGUUCGAUGGGGCCAACAGCAGCAGCUGGCGCUCAUCCUAAUCAAGCGAAGAGCACAUAUCAUAUCUAUACUUACUAUGACGAAC